UCUCUGUGUGUACUAGUCUCCAUUUCCUAUUUAUCUACGUAUCUUCAGGUUAAAGCACGAUUUAGAUGGCAACAAGGGGACUCAAAAGUUGUUGAACUGAACGAGAUAUCAUCCACUCUUUGGAGUUGUCAGGACAGGAACUGGUCGAGUUACAGACCAGACUCUGCGAAGCUUGUGAAAUUUACUAUUUUACCCUUGUCGAUUCAUGUAUUUCACGCAAAAAAAAACCACCUCCGUCUUUCUAAUCGCUCUAACAGAUCCACGCCGUCGCCUUUCGCCGUCAAAACCUGGGAAAGCUGAGAUUUUAGGAAAAUUCAGCAUAAAUUGCUCUCAUCACGACACAAACUCUCUCUCUCUCUCUCAUGGCCUCCGUCACACUUCUUCUUCGGUCUCUUCGCCGCCGUGAAACCCACGCAGUCUCCGCGUACAAAUUCAGCUCUGCAAGCGCCGGCGGGAGGAAGACGGAGCUCCGGUUAGACGGAGUCAAAGAUAUAAUCGCCGUUGCGUCUGGUAAAGGCGGAGUUGGAAAGUCUUCCACUGCUGUUAACUUAGCUGUUGCGUUAGCCAACAAAUUUAAACUCAAGAUUGGGUUGCUUGAUGCUGAUGUGUAUGGACCAUCUGUUCCAAUCAUGAUGAGUAUCAAUCAAAAGCCUCAAGUUAACCAAGAUAUGAAGAUGAUUCCGGUAGAGAACUAUGGAGUUAAAUGCAUGUCAAUGGGACUCCUUGUAGAGAAAGAUGCACCUAUUGUGUGGAGAGCUCCUAUGGUAAUGAGUGCUCUUGCUAAGAUGACGAGAGGAGUUGAUUGGGGAGAUCUUGAUGUUCUUGUUGUAGAUAUGCCACCUGGAACCGGUGAUGCUCAGAUUACCAUAUCUCAAAACCUUAAACUCUCAGGUGCCGUGAUUGUGUCCACUCCACAAGAUGUAGCACUUGCUGAUGCUAAUCGAGGAAUUUCCAUGUUCGACAAAGUUAGAGUACCUAUCUUGGGACUUGUGGAGAACAUGAGUUGCUUCAUUUGUCCCCACUGUAACGAGGCUUCUUUCAUUUUUGGGAAAGAAGGAGCCCGCCAGAUGGCUGCGAAGAAGGGCUUGAAACUCAUUGAUUCCACUGGAAAUGAAGAUUAGAGAAGGGUCUGAUGAAGGUGUUCCUGUGGUUGUUUCUUCACCUGGUUCUGUAGUAUCAAAAGCUUAUGAAGAUCUAGCUCAAAACGUGGUGAAUGGGCUCAAAGAGCUACGUGAUAAUCCUGAGAAUGAGAUUCAGAUGAAACUUAACGUUCCACACUCAUCAUAGACCAAGCCAAGCCAUGAGAAUAAGAGGCAUUGUAAAACCAUGUUUUGUCUUUUGCUACUUCACCUUCUCAGAUUACAGUACCAAAAUAUAGAUAAUUUUUGCAAAAUCCUAAGAGAAGAAUCUAUCUGCAGAGGACAACAAAAUAUAGAUAAUUUUUGCAAAAUCCUAAGAGAAGAAUCUAUCUGCAGAGGACAACAAAAUAGAAACGCACUCUUUUAAACAGUGUGGAAGGCUUUUCAUUUAUUAGAUAGGAAAAGAUGAUGAAUGUAAUUUUAGAGAUUUUGUCAAAAAAGUAAUAAUAAUCAAUGUUGUUGAGAUCAA